GAGCGCCGAUUGACGCGAGAGGCGACCAGUGAGGAGCCGCAGGAGCCUCUGGCUGGACUCGCUCGUCCCGCAGCCGCCAUCCGCGCGCGCACACACGCGGGGAACCAGGCAGAGGACCACCGCAAAGAGGGAGGUGAUGGACAAUACCCUGAGGGGGGGCGUCUUCUGGCUUUUUAGGCGGGACCUCGCUGAGGAUAUCAUAAUGCCGUCUGGGAUUAACCGUUGACGUCAUCUGGGAAAUUCCAUAAUGUAAAAAGUACUUCUGCUUUUUGGACCAUGCCCUCUCCUGGAUUUACUAGGACCGCUCUUCUCCUCGUUGGGAUUUAAAGUUUUGCCUUGGGAGAGUUGGGCAGCGGUGGCGGCCGCGCGGAAAUUUGGCUCUGGGAGCGCCGGGCUAAUCUUUGGAGACGCCGCCGCCAUGAGGAUAGCCGGCGGCACGGGUGGGCUCUACCCCGUCCUGGUGGUCUGCCUCUGCUUCAUCCAGAGGGCCCACGGGGCCAGCCACCACCCGCCCACCAGGGCGCUGGCCCGGAACCAGAGCAAACUGGCCAACGGGGAGACGGAGGUGCACCACAGGCCCAAAAGGGGCUGGAUCUGGAACCAAUUCUUUGUUUUGGAAGAACACAUGGGGACAGAGGAGCAGUACGUCGGAAAGCUUCACUCCAACUCGGACAAAGGCGACGGGACGGUGCGCUACAUUCUGAGCGGCGAGGGUGCGGGGACCAUCUUCCUGAUCAACGAGGUGACGGGAGAUAUCCACGCCACCAGGAGCCUCGACCGGGAGAGGAAGUCGCACUACGUGCUACACGCGCAGGCCCUGGACCGCCACACUGAGGAGGCACUGGAACCAAAGUCGGAAUUCAUCAUCAAGGUCCAGGACAUCAACGACAACGCGCCGCAGUUUCCCGACGGACCCUUCGCCGCCACCGUGCCCGAAAUGUCCGAUGUGGGCACGUCAGUGCUGCAGGUGACAGCCACCGACGCGGACGACCCCACGUACGGAAACAGCGCCCGCAUCGUGUACAGCAUCCUCCAAGGGCAGCCAUAUUUUUCCGUGGAGCCCAAAACAGGGACCAUCAGGACCGCCUUAGCCAACAUGGACCGGGAAGCACGAGAACAUUACAUCGUGGUCAUCCAAGCCAAAGACAUGGCGGGCCAAGUCGGCGGCCUCUCCGGAUCCACCGUGGUCAACGUCACGCUGACCGACGUCAACGACAACCCGCCAAAGUUCCCGCAAAAAAAUUAUCAGCAGUACGUCCCGGAGUCGGCUCAGGUCGGGAAGCCGGUGGGCAAGAUUAAAGCCAACGACGACGACCUGGGCGUCAACGCUGACACCAAGUACAGCAUCAUCAACUCGGAAGGGGCCAACAUGUUUUCCAUCGGCACUGACAAGGACACCAAAGAGGGAAUUAUCACCCUCAAAAAGCCAUUAAACUACGAGAGGAAGAAGACGUACACGCUCCACAUUGAGGGAACCAACACACACACGGAUCCUCGCUUUUCCUACCUGGGCUCUUUCAAAGACAUGGCCAUGCUCAAAAUUACCGUCGGGGAUGUGGACGAAGCGCCUGUCUUCUCUUUGGAUUAUUAUAUCAUGGAUGUGUACGAGAACUCGCCCGCCGGCACGGAGGUGGGCGCCGUCACGGCCCGGGACCCCGACAGCAGGAACAGCCCCGUCAGGUAUUACGUGGACAAAAAGGAGGCGGAGCCAAUCUACUUUCGCAUCGACGAGAUCAGCGGCACCAUCAGGACUACGCAGCCGCUGGAUCGAGAGGACACGGCCUGGCACAACAUCACCGUGAUGGCCUCGGAGGUCGACAAUCCAGGGCUCCUCAGUUCCAUCCCGGUCACCGUGCAGGUGCUGGACGUCAACGACAACGCGCCGCAAGUGGCCGCUGCCGACGAGGAGGUCGUCGUCUGCGAGGGCACCAGGGCUGGACAGGUGAUCCAGACGAUCGGCGCCGUGGACAAGGACGACUUUGCCAACGGACAACGCUUCUCCUUCGCUCUGGCCAGCCAGAUGCCGGUGAAUCCCAACUUCACCCUGAAGGACAACGAAGACAGCACGGCGAACAUCGUGGCCCGGCGGCGGCGCUUCAACCACCUGACGCAGGAGAUGUACGAGCUGCCGGUGGUGGUGUGGGACAGCGGCGAGCCGUCCUUGAGCGGCACCAGCACGCUGACGCUACACGUGUGCCCGUGCCAGCGCCACGGCAAGAUCCGCAUGUGCCAAGCCGAAGCCUUCCUGUCCUCGGCGGGCCUCAGCAACCGGAGCGCUCGUCGCCAUCUUGCUUGUGCAUACGUCAUCCUGCUGGCCAUCGUGGUUCUGUUUGUGACGCUGAAGCGCAGCAAAAAGGAGCCGCUCAUCAUCUAGGAGGACAUCCGCGAGAACGUGGUCACUUACGACGACGAGGGCGGCGGCGAGGAAGACACCGAAGCCUUUGACAUCAUCGCCCUCCGCAACCCGGCCGCCGCCGAGGAGCUCAAGUUCCGGCGGGACGUGCGCCCUGAAGCCAGGCGGCUGUGCGGUGGCGCCGCCGGACCCCGAAGCCAGCGGAGCCCCUCGCUGCACCUGGACGAGGUGGACGUCCAUGAGUUUAUCAAGCAGAGACUGGUGGAGGCCAACAUGGACACCAGCGGGCCGCCUUACGACUCGCUGCAGACGUACGCCUACGAGGGCCAGGGUUCGCCAACGGGCUCCAUCAGUCCUUUGGACUCUCCCGGGACUGGAGCACGCUCCGAGGAGGACAGUCACGACCUGGACGGCUGGGGGCAUCAGUUCCAGAGACUGGCGGAGAUCUACACCGAGGCUCAACUCAAUGUGAACACUUAACUUUGCUCCACCAAACCAGACUGAAAACCUUCUGGAAUCAAGUCAAGGAUCCUAACAAAGAACUUGGUUUUUUUUGGUUUUUUGAUCCUGGCUCCUUGGCGUGGAACUACUUUGAGGAUGAGAUUCGCACAAGAAUGAACAACACUAUGGGGGAAAAUGAAAGGGAUAUUUUCCUUGUGUAUAUUUUUUAUUGCUCAAUAAAGUUGCGAUAUCCACGUGGGUGGAUGUUACGUGAGAAAGUGUCCUGCUUGCCGAAUGGUUUGGGCUUCUGUUUCUUUUGAAUUCACGCGGCCUUUUAAAGGUCCUCCGACACGGGCCGUCAUCUGGACGUGUCCGCUUGUGUUGGAGUUAAUUAAGGAGACCUUUUGACAACAGGGCGGGAAUAUUGCAACGGGCCGACCUAAUGACGCUUUGUAGGGAAGUAGCGGGGGGAAUGUGGCGAGCUUGUGCCCGACCGAAGCUGGCGUGCAAACCAUCUUUAUCGUGGGCCGCAUUGGAGGCCUGAGGAAAGAUUACGAUGCGUUCACGAAGAUAUCGUGAAUGUGUUUCUCUCCAAAAUAUAAUCCAAGUGAUAUGGCAUAAUGUUUCAGCUUUUUUGCACUUUCUGAACGUGAAAAGUGACCUUGAACCUAGGCAGGCUCAAGCCUAAUUGCCUAAUCUCAUUGUUAGCAUAGCAUUUGUUCAGCCACACAUGUGGUGCCAUUCAGGAAAAUCAGAAAUGAUCCAAAACCUAAAUCUCCUGGGUCAUCGCUGCUCCCCGAGGGAAUUUGCCAGAAUGUGCAGAUUGCACAAUCCUGGCCUGAUGGAAAGGAAAACAAAAGCAUUUGCAGACUGUUGUUUGUUAAAGAGCCUUAUCACGUGACAAGAAGCAAGUGUUACUGACGAAAUGUGUUUUACAGAUUAAAACUGGCCAAAUGUCUGAGUUUUCGUUUACUGAUACGAGACCUUGACAAAAAUUCUAUCAUGUUGUUUCAGAUCA